AUGAAACUGAUUGUAGAUUCUGGACAUACAGGUGUUAAUCAACUCGGUGGUGUAUUUGUUAAUGGUCGACCACUACCUGAUUCAACACGUCAAAAAAUCGUUGAUUUGGCACAUCAAGGAGCUCGGCCAUGCGAUAUUUCAAGGAUUUUGCAAGUCUCCAAUGGCUGUGUAUCGAAAAUUCUAUGUCGAUAUUACGAAUCGGGUACAAUUAGACCACGAGCAAUCGGCGGCUCAAAACCUCGUGUUGCGACAGUCAGUGUAUGCGAUAAAAUUGAAAGUUACAAACGCGAACAACCUUCCAUUUUUGCUUGGGAAAUACGGGAUAAAUUAUUACACGAGAAGGUGUGCUCCCCCGAUACAAUACCUAGCGUGUCGUCGAUCAACAGAGUACUGCGAAAUCUAGCUGCAAAAAAGGAACAGCAAGCGAUGCAAAAUGAUUUCUACGAUCGGGCGCUGCGAUAUUCUUCAACCCAGUGGUACAAUCAAUGGCCGAUGGGUGUACCUGGUGCCGUCGGUUUAGCGCAGUUGCCACCCCUGACACAGGCAAAUCAUAUUAAUAAGAAAGAUUCUGGUAAGCUUCUUUGGUACAGUACUUACAAAGGCGGUUGGAAAGAAUUGUUAAUUUAG